AACCGCCAACGCUGGUCUGCACACUAUCUUGGGGUUUUUCGCCGUCACGUCGUAACCAGAGCCCUAGAAACAAGUCGUCAGCAAGAAAUCGCCCAUCAUGAAAAUAACAAUCAAGGAUCUCAAGCAACAGCGCUUCACGAUCGAAGCUGACCCGACCGAGCUCGUCUCCUCUCUCAAGCAGAAGAUAUCUGAUGAGCGGGGUUGGGAUCCGAAGCUUCAGAAGCUCAUCUACUCCGGCAAAAUUCUUAAGGAUGAGGACACCAUCGAGUCUUACAAGAUCGAAGAGAAGGGGUUUGUCGUCUGCGUAGUCAACAAGCCGAAGGAGCCUAAGCCGACUCCGGCCGCAGCGCCAACCGCCCAGGCAUCGUCCUCCGCCACUCCUGCUACUCCCGCGCCCGCGUCUGCACAGGCCUCAACGCCCACGGCCCCCGGUGCUCCCGCGCAGACUUCUACCGCUGCCGCUGCCGCCCCCGCUACGCCGACCAGGUCCACCAAUGACCCCAAUGCUCUGGCUGUUGGUCAGGCCCGUGCCGAGGCCAUCGCAAAUAUAGAGGCCAUGGGCUUUGAGCGGUCACAGAUUGACGCCGCUAUGCGCGCCGCCUUCAACAACCCUGACCGUGCGGUGGAGUACCUUUUGCAGGGCAUCCCUGAGAACCUCCAACAACCCGCCGCUCAGCAGCCUGCUCCCGCUGCCGCGGCCUCAGCCCCGGCAGCGGAGCCGGCAGCGGGUGGCGAUGACGGUAACGUGAACUUGUUUGACCUUGCUGCCCAGCAAGGUCGUGGUUCUGGCUCACGAGGCGGCGCCGGUGCUGGUGCUGCUGGCGCAGCCGCCCAACAGCAGCUUCUUGGGAACCUUGAAUGGCUUCGCGAUAAUGCCCAGUUCCAGCAGUUCCGUCAGGUGGUACAGCAACAACCCCAGAUGCUCGAGCCCAUUCUACAACAGCUCGGAGCUAGCAACCCUCAGCUCGCCCAACUGAUCGCCCAACGGCCCGAAGAAUUCCUGCAGCUACUGAGCGAGACGGGCGGUGACGACGAUGCCUUUCUGCCCCCGGGGGCUCAGCAGAUCUCUGUGACCGAGGAGGAGCGCGACGCGAUUGAGAGGCUUGUCCGCUUGGGUUUCACUCGGGAUGAGGCGAUCCAGGCGUACUUUGCCUGCGACAAGAACGAGGAGCUGGCGGCAAACUUCCUUUUUGACCAGCCCGACGACGAUGAUGCGCCCAUGCAGUAAAUAACGGAUCUCGUUUUCGGAGUUUCCGGUGAGGCACGUAAUGGUUGCCGGGCGUUAAAGCUUAGGCGGAGAUUCGGACGCCAUACUGAAAUCUGGACUGGAUUUCUGAGCUAGGGAACCUCUGCUUCCCGCGUUGAGGAUGGACGGCAAAUCGGAAAGCGUGGGCACACAUAGGUUGAUUUCAUCGAUGGUCAUGAAGCACAAUAUCCUCUCACUUUACUUCGCCCCGUUUGCAAAC